CGAGAAUCAUGAAAAGAAACAGCCUUAUUGAUUACUUCCCUGCAAUGAACACUUCAGAAGAAGCACCCAUUAUUGGGUCACAGUAUCAAGCUGGUGAUAUCGCUUGGACACUGACCUCCACCGCCUUAGUCUGGCUCAUGAUCCCAGGAAUUGGCUACUUCUACUCUGGUAUGGCCCGCAGUAAGAAUGCCCUUUCUCUGAUCAUGCUUUCCUGCUGCUCAGUGGCAGUCGUCACUUUCCAGUGGUUCCUCUUUGGAUAUUCAUUAGCAUUUAGUAAAACUGGAAGCAAGUUUAUUGGCAACUUUGAGAACGCUUUCCUUCGAGGGGUCUUGGACCAGCCCUCUGUUGGAUCAGCAAAGAUCCCCGAUCUUGUCUUCAUGAUCUUCCAAUGCAUGUUCGCUGCGCUCACUCCAGCCUUGGCUGUCGGAGCCGCUGCAGAGCGUGGUCGUAUCCUGCCUACCCUUGUCUUUAUUUUCCUCUGGACCACUUUCGUCUACGACUUUAUUGCCUGCUGGACAUGGAGUGCCAACGGUUGGAGUUUUGUUAUGGGCGGACUGGAUUUUGCAGGAGGCACGCCCGUUCACAUCUCCUCUGGAGGUGCUGCUUUGGCCUAUGCUCUCGUCCUCGGAAGACGAUCUGGUAAUCACAAUGAUUUCCGCCCCCAUUCUAUGAGCAACGUUGUGAUCGGUACCUGCUUCCUCUGGUUCGGUUGGUUUGGCUUCAACGGCGGUUCUGCUCUCUCUGCCAACUUGCGCGGUGCUAUGGCCUGCGUCGUGACCAACCUUUCAGCCUCUGUCGGUGGCAUCACCUGGGUCCUACUUGACUAUCGCCACGAGCGCAAGCUGUCUGUUCUAGGCUUCUGCUCAGGUGCUGUUUCAGGAUUAGUUGCCAUCACUCCUGGUUCUGGAUAUGUCUCUCCUGCAUCUAGUGUCGCCAUUGGAUUCUUGGGUGCUGUUGCCUGCAAUCUGGCAGUACGACUGAAGCAUAAUCUCAAAUAUGAUGAUGCCUUUGAUGUCUUUGCAGUCCAUGGAGUCGGUGGAGUCGUUGGUAACAUUCUCACUGGUAUUUUUGCUCAGAGCUGGGUUGCUGCCUUGGAUGGUGUCACUGUUAUUCCAGGAGGCGGGCUCGAUGGUCACUGGAUUCAAGUUGCCCACCAGCUCGCAGACUCUUGCGCAGGCCUUGGUUGGUCUUUCGGUGUAACCUACUUGAUCCUGUUCAUCAUGAACAAGAUCCCAGGAUUGACCUUGCGUGUGGAUCCUGAUCAUGAGCACCGCGGCUUGGAUCUUGCAGAGCUCGGUGAGAUGGCAUAUGGUCAUUUAAAUGAAAAGAAGACACCUUCGAUCAAUGGUGUUGAGCAUUCCAUGGAUACUGAAACGCAUAGCUCAAGCAGUGUGAACGAGGUCAAACUCGGCAGUGUCUCAACGUUGGGACGCACUAAUGCCCAAGCACCUUUAAUUAUAUGUCUUCCCAUGUAA